CAGGGAGGGGGAGCGGCGGAAUGGCGGGUGGCCGGGCUGUCCCGCCCGGCUCGUAGCGGGCCGAGGCCGCCGGAGCAGGGAGUCCGCGGAGCGGGAACAGUGCCUGAAGCAGGUCCACCAUGCCGUUAGUAACGAGGAACAUUGAGCCAAGGCACCUGUGCCGUCAGACGUUGCCUAGCGUUCGGAGCGAGCUGGAAUGCAUGACCAACAUCACCCUGGCAAAUGUCAUUCGACAGCUGGGCAGCCUGAGUAAAUCUGCAGAGGACAUAUUUGGAGAGUUGUUUACUCAAGCCAACACCUUUGCCUCUCGGGUGAGCGUUCUAGUCGAGAGAGUUGACCGCCUGCAAGUCAAAGUCACUCAGCUGGAUCCCAAAGAGGAAGAAGUCUCCCUGCAAGGCAUUAACACCAGGAAGGCCUUCAAAAGCUCCACUACUCAGGACCAGAAGCUUUUUGACAGAGAGUCUCUCCCAGUGCCUGUUCUUGAAACCUAUGGGUCCUGCGAUACUCCUCCGCCUCUCAACAUCCUCUCCCCUUACAGGGAUGAUGGCAAAGAAGCGCUUAAAUUCUACACAGAUCCUUCAUAUUUCUUUGACCUUUGGAAAGAGAAAAUGCUUCAGGUCACCAAGGAUAUCAUGAAAGAGAAGCGGAAACAUAGGAAAGAGAAAAAGGAGAAUCCGAACCGAGGCAACGUGAACCCACGGAAAAUCAAAACCCGGAAAGAAGAGUGGGAGAAGCUGAAAAUGGGGCAAGAAUUUGUGGAGUCAAAGGACAAGCACGGGCCCGUCGGGUACCCCUCCAACAUGGUGUAUCAGAACGGCAGCAUCGGCUCAAACGAAAGCAUGGACGUGAGCUGCUACCCGCCACCGCCGCAGACCGACUCUCCGGUGCCACCACCGCCCCCGUUCCCAGAUGACAGCCUGCCGCCACCCCCGCUGGAAUUUAGCUAUCCUGCAGACAACCAGAGAGGUUCUGGCUCAGGAGGCACCAAAAGAUCCAGCCUGGUUAGCCCGAGCCACCCGCCGCCGGCUCCUCCCCUCGCCGCCCUGGACGGCCCCCCGGCGCCUCCGCUGCCCUCGGAUCUGUCCAGCUCCAAGGCCAAGUCGUCGCUGCCGGCGGUUAGCGACGCCAGGAGCGACCUGCUUUCCGCUAUUCGGCAAGGCUUCCAGCUCCGCAAGGUGGAGGAGCAGCGGGAGCAGGAGAAGCGGGACGUUGUGGGCAACGACGUGGCCACGAUCCUGUCGCGCCGCAUCGCCGUGGAGUACAGCGACUCCGAGGACGACUCCUCCGAGUUCGACGAGGACGAGUGGUCGGAUUAACCGCAGUCCCGCGUUCCCCCCUCCUUCCCUCCUGGGCUAACACCUUCCUAAAGAACCAGGUGGCCAAACCUUCCACGUCUUCCUCUCUCAGCCUGUAACCAAAGAUGUGCCAAGGGUUUUCAGACAAGCACCAGCACCUCUCCCCUCUCCCUUCCCCUCCAGCUCUGGCAGGACUUUGUGCUCCGGCAUUCCCAAAAGUCUCCCCGUGGACACUGAGGGUGAUGGUGUUGAGCCUUAGCUGGAGGGUGCGUAACGGUUGCUUAGUUAGGAGAGCUCAACCUCCAGAUUCUUAAUCCACCAGGCAGAGCACAUAAAACCCCUCUGUCCUGAGGGUUUUUUCUUAAAGGUGGAUGAUCCUGCUGUGGCCACAUGGCCUUUCAGAUGAAGGACGUUUCCAGCGAGUUUUCUCACUGCAGCAGCGUACAGUAGAUCUAAUUGGCUCUGCUUUCCCAGUGACUGCUGGUAGUGCUGCAAGAAAAUGGGCUUUAGAUGUCUGUUCUCUGCUGCAUCCCUCUGGCAACCGAUCAGGUUUUAGCGAGUGCUCAGUUCUCUCCCCCGACCCCUCUAGUACUCGCAGGCUGCCGUGUGUUGGAGCUCUGGGCUUUGGGUGCAGUGCGAGGGGUGGCUUUUAAAAGCUGCCUUCAUCUUCCUCCCAUCUCCUGGUUCCGGGUGAACGUGCAGCUGGGGCUGAUGCCUUGAGGUCCCUUGGGGCUCUUUGGGCCAGUGCUGUGCUCGAGGAGGUGCUUUUCCAGUGGGGCGACUCUGCUCUUGACGCAGGGGCUUGAGCAGCGUUGGAAAAUGCUGUAUUGCCCUCGGGGCCUCCGCCCUUCCGCCUGCGGACAGGAGGAUUCCGCCUCAAAUCCUCGAAUUUGUGCCCCAAACCCUCCUGUGGGGGAGCUGAGCUGCCCCUCAGUUGCAGCGGGCCUAUCCUACGUUCUCUGCUUCCCACCGUUUUGUUAUUCUAGCUCAAUAGUUAAUUUUAAGAAAAUAUCUCUUCUCGUAGCUAACCCAACAGGUUGGUGGGCUGCUCAGUGCAGGUACAGUCCUGGCAGGGGGAGAAAAUGGGGGCCUUAAACUAGCUGACCUAGGUUUUAUUGCUGUUUUAGAUUACCUUACAUAGAAUAUUAGCAUAUCCUGGAAGCCUAGAUAAAAACACCCCACUGCUGCAGCCGUGCUUCCCUAUUUUAAUUUGGGCUCGACUAACCCAGUGUGAUGCAAGGAAGCGAUUGCAAAGCCUCGUGGAGGUCCCGGGUCCAGCUCCCGCGGGACGGGACCAGCACCAUGUCCUGCCACGAGCGCCUCUGCGGCUGCUUUGCCUUUUCUGUCGUGUGUUCCCAGCCCGUGCCUGUUUGCCGGUCUCUAGAGCGCCCCGCUUAAUGAUGUUGCUGCUACCUGGAUGCCAGGCGCAGCCCGAGGCUGCCAGGCUGCUGGAAAUCCUUCUUGGGGCUUGAUUGAUGGGUUCGGCUUGCACGGGUGAGUUCGUGCUGCUUUCUUGUGUGCGUGUGGGGUUGGGUUUAAUCUUUGACAGGGCAGAUAAUGGCCUGGAGGACGGGCUCUUCUGGAGGGUGGAUCGAGCCGAGAUCCAGCCUGACCCUGAGCGGCGGCAUCGGCAGAGAUUUACUGGACCUCGGCGCCGGGGUGCUUUUGUCAGCAGAUGAGCUGCUGGGCAGGAUGCAAAGGGCAGAGGCAGUGAGGCGUCCUGGCGCUCCGGGAACAUCUGAGCGACGCUAUUCCAGGUUCUGGAAGAGGGAGCAAACCCUGGAGUGCCAGCGAGCCGUCGUGCAGGGGA